UGGUUUUGUGUGUGACAGAGGGGAUUAUUUUUGUAAACACCGCGCGUGAAAAAAAUGAUAAUUUCCGGCUAAAAAUAAUCUCGGGGGAACCAUGACAGACGCCGCUGAGGUGACAACGGAGGGGAGCAAUGACCGAGCGUUCAAAAUAAAAGCGGGCGUCUUCCUGUCGGCUGUUGCUGGUGUCUCCAUCCUCGCCGGAUUCAGUCGUACCAUCAUGUCAGCCAAGAAGACCGAUCCGAGUGUCUUUGAGAACACAAAACCCGCAAAUGUCGCCCUCCUGGAAGGUGGCAGCAGGUUAGCAAUGCGAGCCCUCGGAUGGGGCACACUGUACUCUGUUGUGGGUGUUGGAGCCUUCUGCUAUGGCUGUUGGAAACUCUCCGGUGCAUCGAAUAUGGAUGAAUUUAAGCUGAAAGUGAAGGAAAAAUUCCCCCAAGUGCCACGAAAUGAUCCCCCAAAGAGUCGGACGGACUUUGAUGGCCUCACAGACUUACUCAAGUACCUUUCAACGUGGGGUAAGGAGUGAGAAAUCACACGAUUCAUUGUCCACCAAUAAGCAAUAAGGUUCAUUUAAUAGAUAGAAAAUAAAAAUAGAUACAAAUCA